GAUUAAGCGAUUAUAAGAUGAUUUGGUCAAUUUUUAGUAUAUAAAUGAUCUUUUUUCAUACAAUAAGAAACUCAUCAUUAAGACAAUGAAUAAACUGGUGAUAGUUCUCAGUAUUUUAUUUGCCAUUUUCAUUCACAUCAAUACAAUUGAAUGUGUUUGUAAAAAACUUGGAGAAGAAUGUCGUAAAUUACCAAAUAAACAAUGUUGCAAGGGUAGUGUUUGUCAGUUAAAAGGACUCAAAGGUAAAUGUGUUCGAUGCUUGCCAAAUGGAUAUUUUUGUACCAAAAGUAAAGAUUGUUGUCGUGGAAAAUGUAAAAUGUUAAAAUGUAAUGAUAAUGGUUCUCAUAUGAAAAUAAAGAAAAUAAAAUAAUUUUUAUUAGUAAAUGAAUAAAAAUGAAAUUUCAUACAUUUUAAAAAUACAAGAAAAAAAAUAUGCAUUAUUAAAAA